AUGGAACUCAAAUCUGAUAUUGACCAACACAACGUUAUUGAAGAAGUCAAUAAAUUCUUAUUUGAUAUGCCUGAAGAAUAUUCUCUUGGACAUUGUGUGGCCAAAGACAUGCGUAUGAGUGCUGGUAUCGCCAUAUAUUUCAAGACCCAUUUUGGAAGAGUUGGUGAACUAAUGGACCAAAGACCAAAAGUUGGUUCAGUAGCGUAUUUGAAACACAAUGAUCGGUUUAUUUACUAUUUAAUUACGAAGGAAUAUAGUAACGCGAAACCAUCAUAUAAUAGUAUAACUGGAGCAAUUACAAAAUUACGUGAUCUUAUUGUACAACACAAUGUUAAACAAUUAGCCAUCCCACGAAUUGGUUGUGGUCUAGACAAAUUAGACUGGUCAAUAGUAAAAGGCAUCAUUGAAAAGUUAUUUAAAAAUGUAGGAUGUACAAUCAAAAUUUGUCAUUUUACACACAAUUUGUCAAAGGAGUCAGAACUAGGCCGAGUCGAACAUCCAAGUACCUUUCAAGUUUAUAAAAGUAUCAAAGAUAUAGAAAAGCGAGAGUUUGAAAAACUGAAUAUUAUAUUAAUUUCUCGGAAAACUACUUUACCAGUGUAUUGGGAUCAACAUUUUCAAUCAGUCAAUGAAAAAUACUGCUUUAAGUCACAAUACUAUAAAGACUAUCAGGAAGAUCUUGAAGUUGGUCAGUGUUUAUGUUACAGCACAACAGAAGCUUGCAUAUUUGUUAUCAUCACAAACAAAAAUACAACAGACCAUUUUUCAUAUCAAAACUUUGAAAAAGGACUUGUAAAAAUAAAAAUGUUGAUCAAGAAUGAUCAGUGGCACCCAACAUUCAUUAUACACAGACAGACAGAUUACACAGAAGAUCUCAUUAAUAAAAAAGUUGUAUCCCUAAUAUGUUCAGUUUUUUUAGAGUUGACUCCAUGUUUAGUUCUUCAAUUAGUAAGCAGUAAUUAUUAA